UUGUUUGGUUUCUUUAAAAUAUUUUUCUAAUUCUUACCAAACUUAGACAAGAAAAGGCAUGUAGAGCUGAAGAUGGACCAGGCUUUGCUGCUCAUCCAUAAUGAACUGCUCAGGACGAACUUGACGGUUUACUGGAAUUCUGAACGCUGUUAUCAUUGCUUGUUUCAGGUUCUGGUAAACGUUUCCCAGAGUAGAAGGGCUGGGGAGCCCAGCAUCGCGGCCGUGGGUGUGAGCACCCAGCACGGGUCCAUCCUGCAGCUUAAGGCCACCGAGGAAGAGAAAGAAGUUUGUAGGCUGGAAUACAAAUUUGGAGAAUUUGGAAACUAUUCUCUCUUGGUAAAGCACGUCCAGGAUGGAGUUGAUAGAAUUGCCUGUGACGUAGUUGUCAAUGAGGAUCCAGUUGACAGUAACCUUCCUGUGACUGUCGCGUUCCUUAUUGGUCUGGCGCUCGUUAUUGCCGUGUGCUUUCUGCGGUUCUUGUUGAGUUUGGAUGACUUUAAUAAUUGGAUUUCUAAAGCAAUAAAUUCCCGGGAAACUGAUCGCCUCAUCAAUUCUGAGCUGGGAUCUCCGAGCCGGGCAGACGCACUUGGCGGUGACAGCCAGCUAGAAGCAUGGGGCCCAGCCGCGGUGCCGCAGCGCCUGCGCUGUGUGGACACAUUCAGGGGGAUAGCUCUCAUCAUCAUGGUCUUCGUUAAUUACGGAGGAGGAAAAUACUGGUACUUCAAACACUCGAGUUGGAAUGGACUGACGGUGGCUGACCUUGUGUUCCCGUGGUUUGUGUUUAUUAUGGGAUCUUCAAUUUUUCUUUCAAUGACCUCCACACUGCAGCGGGGAUGUUCAAAAUUCAGAUUGCUGGGGAAAAUUGUGUGGAGGAGUUUCCUGUUAAUCUCUCUAGGAAUCGUUGUCGUGAACCCCAAUUAUUGCCUUGGUCCGUUGUCUUGGGACAAGUUGCGAAUCCCUGGCGUGCUCCAGCGGUUGGGGGUGACGUACUUUGUGGUCGCCGUGUUAGAACUCCUCUUCGCUAAACCUGUGCCUGGAAGUGGUGCCUCGGAGAGGCGCUGCUCUUCUCUUCGAGACAUCCUGUCCAGCUGGCCCCAGUGGCUCUUCAUCCUGCUGCUGGAAAGCAUUUGGCUGGGCUUGACCUUCUUCUUACCUGUUCCUGGAUGCCCUACCGGUUAUCUGGGCCCUGGUGGCAUUGGAGAUCUGGGGAGGUAUCCAAACUGUACUGGAGGAGCUGCCGGCUACAUCGACCGCCUGCUUCUGGGAGAGGACCACCUUUACCAGCAUCCUUCCUCGGCUGUGCUUUAUCACACUGAGGUGGCCUACGACCCAGAAAGCAUCCUUGGGACCAUCAACUCCAUUGUGAUGGCAUUUUUGGGAGUUCAGGCAGGAAGAAUACUCUUGUAUUACAAGGAUCAGACCAAAGCCAUCCUGCUCAGAUUCACCGCCUGGAGUUGUUUUCUAGGGCUUACUUCUGUUGCUUUGACCAAAGUUUCCGAAAAUGAAGGCUCUAUUCCAAUAAACAAAAAUCUCUGGUCCAUUUCCUACGUCACCACCCUGAGCUCCUUUGCCUUCUUCAUCCUGCUCGUCCUGUACCCCACUGUGGAUGUGAAUGGUCUGUGGACAGGGACCCCAUUCUUUUACCCAGGAAUGAAUUCUAUCCUGGUGUAUGUUGGCCAUGAGGUGUUCGAGAGCUACUUCCCUUUCCAGUGGAAGCUGGGGGAUGACCAGUCGCACAGAGAACACCUCACUCAGAACAUAGUUGCCACCGCUCUCUGGGUGCUCAUUGCCUACAUUCUCUAUAAAAAGAAGAUCUUUUGGAAAAUAUGAUAGCUCCAGCUGAAAUGUGUUGCUGGCAGACUCUAGUGGGCCUGGGGAAUUAUUAAAGGGCACCAUUAAUGAUAAAGACGACAGGAUGCGGUAUUUCCAGACUCCUGGAGUAGACGCGGAGGCCCCAAGGCUAGUUUCUGCCUGAACUCUGCCUGAAUAUCUGGGACUUAGAGAUUUGGAAUGUGGUUGUCUUUUUUUUUCAUCUUCUAUGUAAAUGGAUGUAUCUAGAACUUCAUUCUAAGGAUUCUCGUUGAAUUUUUCAAAAGGGAAUUACCGUGGGCAUUUUGCUUCUGUGAUGGAUAAAACAAUUUGAGGUCUGAUUCCUGUUGAUCUUGUUUUCCUGCAAACUGCCUUUGCAUGUGUGGACGUGCCAACCAAGAAUGCCGUCGUCGCUCGUGGGGCUGACUACAAAGCUUCUUGAGUGGGAUGUGUGGUAAUGUAGUCUAAUAUUUUUGGUUAAGUGCAGUUUAAUAUUUCAAGAAAGAGUAAUUUCCUUGUCAGAUCUGGAAGGCAUUGGUGGGUCCAAAAAAUGCCUUCCUAUCAGAAGCCAUUUUUUCUUUUUCUCCACUUAAAAAAAAAAAGUUAAAAUGUAGCUGUGUUAUUUCCAGACACUCUUGCUUAUAGUUUUCUGCUUAUGUCCCUCUCUGUCAAUCACCUAUCUUUCCAUCUAUCUGUCUCUCUUUGUGUCUUGAUGGCAGCUGGGACUCAGGGACAUGACUGUGACGAGAGAAAAGCAUGCUAUCUUGCUCGUGGCUCCAGCUUUGCCAUCCUUGCUGUGUAAGAUGCCAGGCGAGUCCCUCGGCCUGUCUGGGCCUCGAUUUCCUCAUCUGUGAGUAAGGGAGACAGUGAUACCCUCUCAGGUCCUUUCCAACUCUUAGAUUCAGUGAGGUGGGAUAGAUACAUCAAUGGUUUUUAUGAAGUCCUUAGAAAAAUAAUUUUAUUACAGAAAACUCUUCAAAAUAAAUGAUAAUGAAAAGUUUAAAAAACUCUCAUUGGAGUAAGUCUUUUCAGAAUGACCCUCCACAAUGGAGGCAGUUUUCCUGCUCGGAAUCACAGAACUGAAGACAGUUUCUCAGGAGCGAAGCCAGGAGAACACACCAAGAGAAACAGCACUUUUCAUAUGAUGCGCCAUCAUACUGGUGAAUUUUCCGUGAGAAUUCCCUAUUUAAGGAAGAUGUGAUGCUGGACUAUACUUCAGAGCUGCUUUUCCAGGGUCGGAUGGGCCCAUCUCCACAAUGCUUCGACUGUCGCCGCUGCACGGGCGACUUUCUGGUUGUGUUUCCAGCUUGGACCGUCAGCAUGGACUCUCAUCCCAACUCUAACUGCCCGCCGGACCCUCCACCUGGCUGUCCGCCAGCGUCCAGGCUCACCUCUUCCCAGAUUCCAGCCUCUGCCUCUGGCUCUUCCUAGCUCUGUGAAUGGAUCAUUCUCCGUCUCUAGGUGUAAAACUGCCGUUAUCUGUCACCCACUUCACCUCCUCUGUCCCUUUCCCCCAUCUAGUCAUUGCCAGGUCUCACUUGUCUCCAUCUUCCACCUGUAACUUCUCAUUCUCAUUGUCACUGUCCUAUAGCUCCAGUCCAGACUCCUGUAAUCAUUUUUAAACUGGCUUCCUUCCCUCAGUCCCUCCUCUGUAAAGUCCCUAUCCAUUGCCACCAGAUUGUUUUAUAAAGCAGAGCUCAGAUCAAAUCACCUCUAUGAAAACUUCCACAGAAGCUGAAACAGCUUUCCCAGCAUAUAAACCAUCCUCAGUGGAGCCCAACACACCUCCCAGCUUCCUCUCCCCAGCCCCUCAUGCCCCCUGCUUAUCCAGCCGACCAGACUCCUCCCACUGUCACACAGCCAGUACCUCUUGCUUCUGACUUUGAUUAGAGUUGUCCUGGAUUACCUUUUCCUCUUAAUCUUCUCCUAUCUACAUUUGACCUGUCACUUUAACCCCUACUUCUAAGGCACCUUCUCUAAUCUUAUUCUCAUCCAAAAGUUGUAUUUUCUCCCUCUGGGUUCUCAUAUCUUAUUGGGAUCAAUCUCACGGCAUUGUCGACUUCUGCCUUGUGUGAUAGCUGUUUGUGAAUAUGUCUAACUUCCCAUGCUAGACUGUGAGCUUGUUAAGUGCAAGAAUUAUGCCUUGUUCAUCUGCAUAUUCUUUGUGGUGCAGAGUGCCUCACACAUAGCAGGCACUAAAUAAACAUUUAUUUAAAGCAAA